CUAUACCUCUCUCUCUCUCUCUAUGUAUAUGCACCAGCUUAUCUACGGAAGAAGGUGGCAUCUCAGUCCACCUAAUUAUGUCUGCUGCCACAUUCACUUUGCUCUUUGUCCUCCUCGGAGCCAUCUGGUAUUUUCUCCAUCGCCGGGCCAUUUCCCGACGGAAAAAUGACCGGAAACUGCCACCCGGUCCGGCAGGGCUGCCGGUCAUCGGUAACCUCCACAAGCUGGGCAAGCUGCCCCACCGCAGCCUCCGAGAUUUGGCAGAGAAAUACGGCCCGAUCAUGUCAAUCAAACUGGGCUCCGUGCCAGCCAUAGUGGUCUCGUCGCCGCAAGCCGCGGAGCUGUUCCUGAAAAAGCACGACGCAGCGUUUUCUAGCCGGCCCAAAAUCCAGGCCUCCGAGUACUUGUUCUACGGCGCCAAGGCCAUGGCCUUCACGGAGCAGGGCGAGUACUGGCGCAGCGUCAGGAAGCUGUGCUCCACGGAGCUGCUUAGCGGCGCGAAAAUUGAUUCUUAUGGCGGCAUGAGGAGACAGGAGGUGACGGCGGUGGUGAAGUCGCUUAAGGCGGCGGCGGCGGGGGGAGACGUGGUGGAUUUGAGCGAGACGGUGGAGGUGCUGGCCGAGAACUUGACUUGCCGGAUGGUUUUCGGCCGGAGCAGCGACGAUAGAUUCGACCUGAAAGGCCUUGUUCAUGAGGUUUUGGAGCUGGCCGGAGUUUUCAACAUCGCCGACUACCUUCCAUUCUUGGGGCCGCUUGAUCUCCAGGGGUUUACUAGACGCAUGAAGGAAACUGGCAAGGCCAUUGACAAAACCUUGGAAAUGAUCAUCGACGAGCAUGAACGAGAUGCUAGUAGGAACCAAAGCCAACAGAAAGAUUUUAUCGAUGCAUUGUUAGCACUGACCCAUGAGGUGUCGACCAGUCUUAGCAAGUUCUCCUUCCCUAUUGAUCGGACGAACAUGAAAGCAAUCGCGGUGGACAUGAUCGCUGGAUCGAUCGACACUUCUGCAGUUGAGAUCGUGUGGACCAUGUCGGAGCUCUUGAGGAAUCCGAGAGUGAUGAAGAAGCUCCAAGAAGAGAUAAAGAUGGCUGUAGGGGAAGACCGAACGGUGGAGGAGACUGAUCUGGUGAAGCUGCCGUACUUAGAAAUGGUAAUCAAGGAAAGCUUGAGACUCCAUCCGGUUGCUCCCUUGUUGGUUCCUCACGAAUCAAUGGAGGACGUCGACGUUGUCUUGGGCAAGGAUUGUUAUUUCGUUCCGAAGAAAUCGAGGAUCAUGGUGAACUGCUGGGCACUAGGGCGGGAUCCGAAGGUGUGGUCAGAAAACGCAGAAGAGUUCUUUCCAGAAAGGUUCGUCGGCUGCGAUGUAGAUCUCCAGGGACACCAUUUUCAGCUUAUUCCGUUUGGUUCGGGUCGGCGAAUCUGCCCUGGGAUUCAGCUAGGGUUAACAACCAUUCGGCUGGUGGUGGCUCAGCUGGUGCACUGCUUUGAUUGGGCACUUCCCGGCGGAAUCUCGCCGGAGGAGUUGGAUAUGAGAGAGAAGUUUGGCUUGUCGUUGCCACGAGCCCAGCAUUUGGUUGCAAUUCCAUCAUAUCGCCUGAGUACUUGAUCAGAACGUUAUUAUAAAUAAAUAAUCCAUUAAAUACAUGGGUAAGCCCGUAUAGCCUACCCGACCCGACCCGACCCGACCCGAAUUAAUACUAGUAGAAUAAUUUGGUGUAAAAUGUAUGAACCUAUGUAUACAUGCUAGUAGAAUAAUUUGAUGUAGAUUUUUUU